UAUUUGCUUUUUUCCAGGAGGUCUGACAAAACUCUCUGGAGCAAUAAAACCCACAUGGUGGUUGUGAUCCUUGCUAAAACAAACAAUGUGACGAGACAAAGGUGAGGGACUGUGGCUAAAAGGGCCUCCCCUUAUAGUCCCGCAAGCGCCUACAAAGCGGAGGCGCUUGUGUUCGCACACGACCCCCAGAUCUGCUCCCUGAGAGCACGGGUGAUGUUGGAGUACUGCGCCCGUUUUGUCAUCAUCCCCAGCAGCAUCUUCAGGACGGCCUCAGACUCCGCCGCCAUGUUGCACUUGUCCCUGCAGCAGCAGCGGUGCGUCACUCGGAACUCCACCCCCCUGUAGGAGACCACCUGACGGGCGCCGCAGAGCUCGGCGUCCACGCAGCCCUGGGAGGACAGUGCGUGGAAGGCGCCGUAGUAACCCUUGGAGGCGGCGCAGCGCUGGCCGGGCACACAUUGGGUGGUGAUGUUGGCACACGACCCCUCUUUGGGCUGCAGGGGGCAGAAGUAACACAGCAGGGUGUCCAGGCUCAGCACUGGGAGGAGCAGGGCUGCGGUCACCAGGAUGGAGGCCCCUUGGAGGUGUGAUGUGCUUCAGAGGUCCAAAUAGCUACCCAGCUACUGAUUAGCAAGCAGCAACAGGUGUGUUUGAAGGCAUGGUCUUCCUCUGCAGGGUCGUAGCUGUACACUGGAAUCAGUCUGUGGCGGAGCUCAUCUAACCUGACGCAAAGAAUGUCCAGAAUGACGGCCUUGAAUAAUCUUCAAGCAUUGUGAGUACAGCAACAAAAAAUACAUCUCACCUCAUUCUCCUUUUGAUAUAAAGAACCUGAGGGUGCGCAAACAUUGAUGCAGUCAUGUGAUUGACCAUGAAAGAGGAAGAUAGGUGCAGGUUCUUACCAAGGCUGCCACACAUGCAACCAGGGUGAGGACGACAAAAGGGAUAACGGCGGCGUAGGCAACAAAUCCGCUGUCUGUAUCUUGAGGUGAAAUGUGAGGAGUAGUUUGGUUGGGAUGCAUUUUCAUGUGCUUACUCUCCUCCUCCAAACCCCCUCCUGUGUGUGCGGCCUCCACGUUGCACCUUUGUGACACAUUCAGUGACGGGCCGUCGCCUCAUCACUCUUUAAGUGUAUGGAUAUUGAGUGUGGAUGACAUUGCUUCCUGCUGAAGAAGGCCUUUGGACAGAGAACGAAAGUAACCGGGGAGUAUUGUCAUUGUUGUGGACAGGGGAAGAAAGUGGGAGGAGCCAAGAAUAAAGCAAAGAAGUCUUCAGGUUAAACUCGCCGAGCGUGAUGUGCUUCUCGUCUCUUCAACCCCAGCUUCAAUGCCCAUCAUUUGGAUCGCCAUAUCACCCAUCCCAUGGACCAACAAAUAGCCAAUCUCUUGGACCGCCACCUGUACCACCUCGUAAAACCGUCCAAAGACAAUAUGCAAGCAUCUUCACCCCCUCAGAAUCUCUGACUGAAGAUGAAUCGCAUCUUUACGAGGAUAUUGAGUUUUUUUCCAACGAACAACUGCCUCAGUCUCAGCCUGAGCCCCCAAACCAGCUCAGGGCUCAAGGAAGUCUUAAAGAGGCUGUUGACAAAGGAACAAAUAAACCUCCAAUAGCCCCUCGUCCUCCCGUCCGAGUCCCGAGCACAACUUUGCUCGUGUCCCCUCCCAUAAUCCCCAGGCAGCAUGUCUCGCUUGCCCAGAGCAAAACAAGGUUCUCAUGUGACCUGAGUGUUCCUGUCCACAAACUGACUCGCUCCAACACACAGACGGAUGGCGUGGUGAUGGAUCAAUGGACCAUCAAACUGAUCGAUACUCCACAAGGUAGCACCAGAACCAUGGCUGCAUUUUGCCAAGCAGCAUCCAAUCUGACGUCACGCUACAAAAAUGCACAAAGCGCUUUAAACCAGGGCGUGGUUUAUGCCAGAGUGCUGGAUAUCCACCCUGCACUGCUACAGCAAGUGGAGCUGACAAUUAACGUGGCAAUUGAAUAUAAAAGUAAUCCGCUUACCAUCCCCACCUCAGUGAACAGGACAGUGAAAAGUUUCAUUGAUCAAACCGUCCGGCUGCUGGACCUCACUCCCAAAACAAACGGCCAUUAUGUUCUCAAGAUGUGCAACUCUGAUGAGUAUCUCCACAAUGAAGAGCUGCUCGGCGUGCACGAGAUCGUCCACACCCACUGCAAGUUCAACCUGGACCUCCCCCUUCGACUGCUUCUUGCCAGCAGCCUGAAGCACAGCCUGGCGAGGGAUGACGGGAACGACAAACCAUCUCAUGUCUACGAGCUGGUGCGUCCUGUUGGCGUCUUCAGCACAAGCAAGUUGAGUCUGCAGAAUGUGCUAACUAGCUACGGCAGGGAGGAGGCCAUGCUGCUGAGAAGUCAAUCGGGGAUGAUCGUCAACGUGCUCGUGGCCCACGUCCGCACCAUUAUUGAUCUUCUAUGUGGCUUCUCAAGUCGAGAGCUGGAGGACGCCAUCGGCACGCUCAACAGAGUCAAGCCCAUUGCCCUGAAUCCCCAGGAAAUGUCUGAGUGUGAGCGUGCCAUGAGGGCGCUGCGCAGUGCUCUGAUAGCAGUCAUGCAGAGCUUUUUGGAAAACAUCUUGUCCAACUUCCGACCUGAGGGGGUCCCCAAACCCAUGCCGACUCAGGAUGUGGAGAACAACAGUGCACUCCUCCAAUUCAACGUGACCGCCCUCUACAAACUUCAACCCAGCUGGAUGACCACUUACGACUGCUUCUCCAUGUCCUGUGAGCUGACACACGGAGAAAAACAGAUCUGCUCGGGUGUUCUUUCGGAAAAUAUUAGCACUGCGCUAUGCUUUGAGAAGAAAAUACAGUGCAACCGCUUGAUGCCGUUUCCUAUGACAGUAAAGCAGUUGCCCUAUGAGUGCAUGCUGACGUUUCAGCUCAUGGGCUCAAAACGAGGGAAGAGCCCCGAGAUGCUGGCUUGGGCUGUUCUUCCUCUGUACAGCAACAGAACCUUGUUAGGAGGGACCAUCCUGCUCAGCAUGUCCACAUUGGCCAUGCUGCAUUCUCCUCCCUCCCCCGCCUUGUUUGACAGCCACAGGCAAGCAGUCGGGGUCAUCCUGCAGCUCGACUUUCCAGAUGAUGUGAAGUGGAUGUAUCAUAGGCCGAUCGAGCUCCCCGGGUCCAUCCUCUUCUCUUCGCCUUGUGAAGAUUUGAGAAAGAAAUUGUUACAAAUGUCGAAGAAGCUUAGUGUUUGCUUUCUGUCAGAAAAUGAGAAGAACUUUAUGUGGAGUAAACGUCACCAAAGCGACCAAUCAAGUACAUUCCUUCACCUCGUGCUGGGUGGAGCCCCCCGGUGGCAGCCUGAGGACCUAACAGAAAUCUACACAAUUGUGGAGCACUGGGCCAUCCACCUCCCUGAGGAGGCCCUCUUUCUGCUCACUGAUAGUUUCCCCGACCAGACAGUGCGCACAGCCGCUGUUGAUUAUUUUCUACAAAUACCAGAUGAUGUGCUGGAGCAAUUCCUGCCGCAGUUGGUCCAGGCUCUGAAGAGUGAGUGGGAGCUGGAUGGACCUCUGGUCAUGCUGCUGCUAGAGAGAUCACUAAAGAACAUCAGAAUUGCACAGCAACUUUACUGGCUGCUGGAGGAUGCUUGCAGAGAUGAGCACUACCAGAGCUGGUAUAGUAAGGUGCAGGCGGCCCUGCGCUACUGCUGUGGCCGAGUGUUGAGGGAGGAGCUUGAUCAGGAAGCCCGUCUGCUGGCGGUGGUUGUGCAGGUUGCAGAGAAGGUCCGCACGGCGGAGAAGUCAAAACGAAAGACUGUUUUGAACAAAGAAAAGGGGAAGAUUGAGAAGUUCUUCAGUGAUGGGAGAAGCUGUUGUCUACCUUUGAAUGUUGCUGUCCGUGUAAAAGGAGUGGACCUGGACGCCUGCAAGUUCUACAACUCCAAUACUGCUCCCCUGGGGUUAUCUUUUAUUUGUACUGACCCGCUGGCCAAGAAUUUUAGUGUAAUCUGCAAGACCGGUGAUAGCGUGCGCCAGGACAUGUUGGUCCUUCAGAUGGUCAGGAUGAUGGACAAGUUGUGGCUCCAAGAAGGGCUGGACUUGCGAAUGGUCACCUAUGGGUGUCUCUCGACUGGCCAGUCUCAAGGCCUUAUAGAAGUGGUUCCCGAAGCUGUGACGCUGGGCAAGAUUCAGCAGGAGUGGGGUCUGGGCGGGACCCUUCGACAAGACACGCUGGAAAAGUGGUUCCACAUGUGGAACAAAACAAAGGAGGACUAUGAGAAGGCUGUGAUGAACUUCAUUCACUCAUGCGCAGGUUGGUGCGUGGCCACCUUCAUCCUGGGGAUCUGCGACCGCCACAACGACAACAUCAUGUUGAAGCACAGCGGGCACAUGUUCCACAUAGACUUUGGCAAGAUCAUGGGCAACGCGCAGAAGAUUGCAAACUUUAAAAGGGACCGAUCACCGUUCAUCUUCACGUCGGAGAUGCAGCACUUCAUCACAGGCGGCGGCCAGAAGCCUCAGCGCUUGCAUCGCUUUGUGGAACUCUGUUGUGAGGCUUACAACAUCAUCAGACGGCGAUCUGCCCUCGUACUCAGUCUGCUGGAGCUGAUGAUCAGUGCAGGAAUGGCAGAACUGAAGGAUACUAACGACCUGCAUUACGUCCAGAACAACCUCAGACCUAACAACACGGACCUGGAAGCCACGUCCUACUUUACAAAGAAGAUCAAGGAGAGCAUGGGUAGUGUUGCGGCCAAAUUAAACUUCCUCACACACAGCAUGGCCCAAGGGAAGAAACACGGACCACAAAUCAGUGAUGGCGUUCCUGCUUCCAGCACCAACAUCCAAGAUGCUGUCAUCCAUGACCACAGCAUCAAGGACAAAGUGGUGAUCUAUUAUCUGAAAGUGACCAUUGAUGAUGGCUUUGUCUAUAGUGAAAUGACAUUUGAGGACUUUGAGAUGAUCCACAAGCAGCUGCUGAAACACUUUAUAGAGUCCACUCUGCCUCAGUUCCCUUCCUGGUAUAUGAUGACAUUCACAGCAAGCAGAAAGGUGUCUCAGUUGAAUAAAUACCUUAAACAGCUUUUUGAAGGACCUUGCAAGGGAAAUGAAUUUGUGUGCAGCUUGUUUUUGGACGGACCCCAAAGGGAUAUUCAAGGAAAUGUGGCAACAGGAGACUGUCCUCAAAUCCAGCUCUUCAUUUCUUACACCGACCGCAAGCUCUCCGUCCUGGUGAAACACCUCAAGAACAUCAAGGCGCCAAACGGCUCUAAUCCGGACGCCUACGUGGUCACGUGUCUGAGACCAGACGUCAAGCAGCGAUCCAAGAGAAAGACUAAGGUGGUGCGGAAUCAUGACAACCCCACCUUCAACGAACUGCUGGAGUACACCAACGUUCCCCUGCUGUACGGCAUGGUGCUGGAAGUGACCGUGAAGAGCAAAAAGACUUUUGUGGCUGCCACCAACAUCAAGCUGGAGGAGGAGCUGCUCAACAAGGAGACCUGGUUUACACUGAGGAACUGUGCACUCUAACCUGAGCUGCACUGGAGGCCUGCUGCCACAAGGGGGUGCCACCACCAUACAAACGCUCUCUUUUGACAUGCUUCCCAAGCACAAUCCACAUAUGCAAGAUGCUGAGGAUGUUUUGGAGGAAGCGAUGGACAACCUCAUGAAGUUACAAUGCAUUGAACGUGCACAUAUGUUUGAAUGAGUUACAGUACAUGCUGGAGUUUUUUUUAUUUUUAUUUCAUCUAAUUAUUUGGCCUUGUGAUUGAAAAUACUUGAUUUUAUUGGUCUUUUCCCUUUCUUGACAUAAUAUAUUACUCCCUGCACACGCAGGAUCUACACAGGCACGCUCGGGUGAGUUUUGUGUGGGACAACUCGCACAAAAGCCUCACCUCAAACUCACAAUCCUGCAGAAAAUACUACUUUUAUUUGGUUUGUUGUAACGAACAAUGUUUUUCUACUGCAAAUCUGUUGAAACACAUUUUAAACUACUCAAAAUGUG